AACACCCUGCCAGCCUGCCAGCCUGCCUGUCUCGCUGCGUACGCCGACCGCCGCGGCUCUCCACAGCGCCGCUAGGGGACAGCGCCACUGCCACCCAAGUCACCACGUGCGUGUGUCCGAGAGGCAUGUAGAUCGCUGAGCGGCAGACCGGCGAGAUGGCAGCGACGGUGGCGGCACCGGCGGAGAUGAGGCGCGAGGUGCGCCAGCAGCGGGCCAAGAUGUCGCUGCGCCGCAAGAGGGCGCUGGCGCCGCUCCAGCAGCAGCAGGUCAACGGCCUCUACGUGCACUCCAGCCCGCCCAGAGUCGUACAGAUGAACCCGAGCACAAUCCGGCAGUGGCUGCGUGGCGGCGACCUGGAGCGGCUGGAACAGGUGGUGCUGGAGGGCCACGGCCAUCGUCUGGUAGGGGAGUACAGCCCGGAGCCCAGGGUGCGAGCCUUCCUCAAGACCGUGCCGGACUACAUGGCGCGGAUCGAGCUGGUGCACGACGCAGCGUCGCGCGGUGACCUGGAGGAGCUGCAGGCGCAGCUGGCGGAGGCGGGCGGCUUCCGGCGGCUGGCGCAGAGCAAGGACGCCGCGGGCCUGGGGCUGGCGCACAAGGCCGUGCUCGCCGACGACGAGCGCAUGCUGCGAUGGCUGCUGGACGCGCACCCCGCCGCCGCCGGCGUCAAGGACCGCGUGAGUACCCGCCUCGCCGCCGCUGCUCUGCCAAAAUAG